AUGGCUCUCAAAAUACUAGGCCACCUGCACAAGUUUCGCAAUGGACCCCACAAUUCGACACUGGCCGUGCCUAAUAACAUGGGCGUAGAUGCUAUGUCAUCGUGUCUACUACUCAUCCCGGCGGCAAGUUUGUGCUUGCGCUCGUCGGCGAUAGGAACUGGCAGAACAUGGCGCUUUGCUGAGGGUUCCGGUCAUUGUUGGAAACCAACGGAUGGGCCAGAGCAUACACUCAACGCACGGCUAUCUGAGGACGCGAACGACGACCCGCUCCGCGCUUGGUAUCCGGGACACCCGAACAAAGUCUUUGGAGACUACCCCAAUCAAGAAAAUCGUCCGGUCGUAACCCGAUCGAUGAAGCCAAGCUUUCUCAGCUGGGAGGAGUACGUGACUCUCCUUGGCUACGGGCUGAUCUACGAGCACGAGCACGUGGCGGGGCUAAUGAAGUCCCUUGCCGACUCGAUCGCAACCCUGAAGGUUAUUGAGAUACCACGGGCGGACACCCGUGAACUUCAACCUGAAGUGCCAGAAUCGCAUAUCAACUGGCAUGCGUCAAAAGGCAGUCACAAUCCUCCUGACUCGACCCUGGGACAAGAGAAGCGGGAAUGGGUGCGCUUCGACGACGACCUGGAACGCUCGGUAAUUACGAUCGAUGCUUUAGGUCCUAUGCAGAACGCCAGGUCUCGGCCCCUGGCGAGAGACUCGCAGCAGAUCACUGCCCUACGAGAGCUGCAAAACAAGCGCGUGGAGAAGGUGCCGACUUGGUCGAUUGAUGAAGAGAGCAUCGACACCUACGAGUUCGGAGCAGACAGCACCAGAAGGGGUGAAGUCUCAGAAGAGGAGCUCAUGGUGCUGCUCGGACACGAAGCUAUCUUGCAGAGACCGCUCUGCUUCGCCCGAUGCCGAAGGAUUUCGUUUCAUAGAAGGACACAAACAAAUCGCCGCGUGAUGGCAGCACUGGAAAUGACUAUCACCAUUUAUACUCAUAAAUACGAAGGUUUGCACCUGUGA